AAACUUGCAUACAUAGAGUGUGCCCUCCACACGUUCACUAUCUACUUCAACAACCCUACUACCAACUACUUGCAAACACAAUGGCGAGCAUGGUCGGAGUUGGUCUUUCUUUCGGCUUAAUAUCACCACCGAAGCCACUUAAAACAAACCACCCCACACGGCGGAUGGUGGUGGUCAGAGCCGAAGGAGGUACUAUCAACCCCGAAAUCAGGAAAGCCGAAGAAAAAGUCGUCGAUGCAGUCGUUGUUACCGAGCUCGCCAAACCGCUCACUGCUUAUUGCAGGUGUUGGAGGUCUGGGACUUUCCCACUUUGUGAUGGUGCACAUGCAAAGCACAACAAAGCUACUGGAGAUAAUGUCGGGCCCUUGUUAUUGAAAAAGCAAUAAAAGCUUAUGAUAUUAUUCAAUAUUUGGUUAUAAACUUGUUAUCAUGUGCUUGAUUGAUUGCCUUUGAAUGUUUUAAGGGUUGAGAUGUAUCCUUGUAUCUUAAUCUUUUCAUAUAGAGCCUGUUUAACAAUAUAUUUCAUAUUUAAUUCGAUCCGCCGCUUAAUUUCGAGAA